AUGAGACCAAGAUAUUAGUAAACUUAGAAUGAUAACAACACCCAAGUUAGAAUUAAUAUUAAACAUGAUUCACCAAUUCAAAUUGAAGUAUUAAAAUAGACAGGUGAAAAGUGUGUAGAAAAUGAAAAGAUUGGACUUUACAUCUUUUAAAAUCAGAAUAAAUCUAUAAUGGCAUCUUCAUAAGGAUAUAUUGUGUGGGCAUAAAAUUAAAAGAUAUUUGAGAUACCUAUUACUGAAUAAUAUUACACAAUAGGAAUCAUUUACAAAAAUAAAAGCGAAAUGCCUCAUUAGGUAUGAAAAUAUUAUUAAUUAAAAGAGAGAGCAAUGUGAAAAUAACAUAACAUCUACUUUACAAAAUUAUACAAAAUUGAAUUUUUAUUAACUUUCCAUUGAGAAUUGUAAUGGAAAUAUAUAAAUCUUAAAAUGGAGAGUUAAUAUAGGAGAUUAUAUAUCGCCAACAAUGAUUUUAGGUAUCUGCGUUGAAGAAAAUCAAGAAGAUGUAAUAGAUUUGAAAUCAAAACUAAAAGGUCGAAUCAUCUAAUUGGCAAAAACAAAAACAUUUUAAUUAAGAAGUGAUAUAUUAAUGGUAAUUGAUGUUACAUAGACUUGCAACCAUUUGAAAAUAGAAAAUACUUAUUGUCUUAUUUGUAAUGAAAAGGUUAUUAGAAAUGCAGAAACAUUGGAUCUAAAUUAUUCAGAUGAUAUAUCUAGGAAAAUUUCAAAAGAAAUAGUUCUUGACAUUUUAAAGAAAAGAAAACUCAUAAUGGUUCUUGAUUUAGAUUAAACUAUUUUACAUGCUAUAAAAGUAAUGACAAGUUUUAAUAAAUAUGAUUUUUGUGAAAAAGAGAAUUAAAUUAUAUAGACAGAUAAAGAAGUAUAAUUUAAUGGGUUUCAAUAAUUAGGAUUUAAUAUUGAAGAACAUUUUUUAGAAAUGACUUGUGAUUAAGAUAGCAAAUUUCUUAUUAAAUUAAGACCAUAUUUUGAAUAAUUCUUUUUAACAUUAAUACCUCUUUUUGAUAUCUUUAUUUAUACCAAAGCAAGUAAAUCAUAUGCAGAUUUUAUAUUAAAUUAUAUUUCUGAUAGAUUAAAUGAAAUCAUUCCUGAACAUAAACCUUUCUUUCCUCCAUAAAGAGUUUUAUCAUGUGAAGAUACUAUUUGUUCAAAUAGUAAAUCAUUGAAUAGAUUAUUUCAUCCAGGAAUAGCCACUAAUUUAUUAGUUAUAUUAGAUGAUAAUGCAGAAAUGUGGAAUUAAUUUAAAGAUAAUCUUAUUUAUACUAAACCUUUUGUUUAUUUUAAUGAACAUAGUUCAAUUAAAGAUGGAUAAGGGAUUGUUAAUGAUAUUGAAAAAGAAGUAUUAAUAUAUAACAAAAAUGAUUUUUGGUUAUACAAAAUUACUUAGAAAUUAAAAGAAAUUUCUGAUAAAUUUUGGAAUCAUAUUAAAUUAGCUCAAGAUGAUCCUAAUUUUGUUGUUGAAUUUGAAUAAUUAGUAUGUAAAUAAAAAAAAAUUAAAACUGAAAUUAUUCAAGAAAUAAAUGGUAAAAUGGAAGAAAGAACACUUUUAGAUAUGAUAAUCAAUAGAAAAAUAAGUGCUCCAACACUUUAUUAAGAGAUUAGAAGAUCUGUAUUAAGUGGAGUUACUUUAUUUUUUGCUAUAUCUGAAGCACAUGAAGAAACUAUAAAGAAUGGAUUAGAAUAAGCAAAGGAUAAAGCAGUAUAUUUAGGAGCAAAAGUUUAUAGAGAAUUUAAAGAAGAUAUUUUUGUUAGUUAAGAAAAUAGUUAUGUGAUUACUGUUGGAAGAAGGAAGAUUAGAAGCAUAAUUAUUGCUUAAGAUAAAAAGAUUCCUAUAAUACAUUAUAAAUGGAUUGAAGAUUGUGAAAAUUAUUUGUAUAGAACAGAUUAUAAAUUAUACAUUGAAAAUGAUGACCGAAAUAAUUAAAAUUUAAUUGAAGAUGAUUAAAGAGAAUAUUUAUUAAAGUGUUAGUUAAUGAAAAUAUGA